CUUCCUCCUUUCUGUGCGGGGCCAAAAAGAGACAUUCUGCUUGCCAAAGAAGCUGGUGGAGAGGGAUCUCUUUCAAGGAGGUAAGUGACCCUCCCUGGGACAUUUUUCUUAUAACUAACUUAUUGAUAAUAUUCCAAUUUUAUUCCUCUAAAUUAAUUUUUAAAUGAAUUUCAUUUAUAAUCUUUCAUAAUCACAUAAACAAACAAAACAUUAAAUUAAACAUUGACUUCCUCUCCUCCCUUCCAUUUUUUCUUCCUUACUGCUGCAUAUUCUACAGUUACUCCUUUUUUUCCCUUUCUCGCUUCUAUCUCAACGUAAUUAUAACUGCUGAAUUUACUCUCAUUCUGCUAAUGUUUCAACCUGUUUGCAAUGUUUCAUCAGGUAUUCUACAAGCAUUUCCCAAUCUUCCUUACAUACCCCUUCUUCUUGAUCUCUUGUUCUGCGGCUUAGAUUUGCCAAUUCUGCAUAUCCCGUCAUUUUCACCUGCCACUCCUCCUUCGUUGGUACUGCUCCCUCCCUCUGUUCGCCAGAUAUUCUGCAAACAUUUUCCAAUCUUCCUUAAGUACCUUUUCUUAUUGAUUUUUUUUAUUCUGCCGUCUGCCCAGUCCACAAUGCAGCUUGACUAUUCUGUGCAUCAUAUAAAAACUGUGAGGCCCCUCUUUCUGCUGUUCAGAGCAUCUCACAGGAUGAUGAGUUGGUGGGUUCCUUUCUGAUAUCAAAUCAAGAUGAAGGGGGAAGAAAAAGCCAGUAGCUGGAUGAAAUGAAUGAAAUUUAUUAUGGUCCCAGACCAGAUUCACAUACCGUACUAAACGAACAUAAAACACAAUAGAAUUAAGUUUGAAUUAACAAUCGAAUAUGACAGUAAACAAAUAUGACAGCCAUUAGAAACAUGGUUUAGGUAUUAGUCUCUAAAAUAUUAUCUAGAGUUUGCAUCUGAGGCCUUAGUCUUUGUUCCCUGAGUUUUAUGGCAGCGGCACAAAAUUUGGAUGAUAAACCAAUUAUUCUAGCUGCAAUUCUCAAUAUCCAGUUGGGGGGGGGAUGCAUGUAACUUUCAAAACAACAACAACAAGGUCUUUUAUACACUGACUCCCCUAAUGGAGAUCAAGAUUAGGACAAACCUGGAUUCAUUCUUUGAAGUGCCCAAGUCUCAGCUGCAAGAAUACAGCUCGUUUCCCCACUCUUAGUUGUGGAUAACAUUGCUGGAUUGUAUCACUAGGCUUCAAGGGACCAAAGCAAAGGAGUUUGCAGGAGUGGGGUUGAUGUAACCUGCACUUUGGGAGGAAGGGUUUUCUGAUUCCCCCUUCCAGCUCUUCAGAAGAUCAUGUCAUGGGAUUCUGGCCUUAUUGAGUGUUGUCCCCACCCUGUCCCCUGCCCCCCAACUCUGUCCCAGCAUUAUUCCUCAGGGGUGGCCACUGUCUACAAAGUUUGACCUGCAAUCUAUGUGUACGUUUGGUAGGAUUGUUGUUUCCUGCCUUAGAACACCAUUCCCAAUCUAUUGUAGGUAUUCUGUACAUCAACAGGAACCCCAAGCCAAGCUAAGCCAAGCCUUUUUGCAUUUUGGCUGUUUUACUCUGCCUGAGGUUGGAAUAGCAGCUAAGCUAACUUGCACUUUUAGCUCUUGCCUGUGGAGUAUUGAGUGUCUCUUAUUCAGGCCUGCCCUGUGGCAUUUUCCCCACUCCAGGCUUCAGACAACCUGCCAAGCCCCCUCCCCCCCAUUCCCUGGCUGCUAGAAAGACUGGAGUUGUUGUCCAGCAACAUCUGCAGGGGUCCCCUAGCCCUGAAUUAGAUCAGUUCUCCAUCUAGUACAGCAUUGUUUACUCUGACUGGCAGCUGCUCUUUCAGGACCUUCUGGUCCCAUGCUGCCUAAUCCUUUAAAGUGGAGGUGCUGAGGAAUGCAUUUGCUCAUCCACUGGGUGAUAGUUCUUCCUUCCUUCAGAAUGUAAGAAAAACCUCAGAAAAGUCAGGGUUUGGGGGUCAGGUAAGUCCCACUGAGAAGUAAGAAGAGGAUGAGGAGUGGGGUGGUGAAAGAAUUAUCAUAUGGUCCUGUGCUUAUGUCCACAGAGGGAGGAUGGCGAGCAGAUUGUGGCUGGUGGCUUGUGCGCUGGCUCUGAUUCUGGAUGUUGCGGCUCCUCAGGACACAGUGUGCCAAGCAGCCGCUGGCAGAGAUGGACACCCAGGGACUCCAGGCAGGGCUGGGCGCCCAGGACAGAAAGGAGAUCUUGGAGAGCCAGGUAAGAUGUCACUGGAGAGACUGGAGAAGGGAGUGCCUUCAUAGCAAGAGUGGAAACGGCCUUCUAAGAAAUUUCACUGUCAAAUUGUUGCUAGGCUGGUCUUUAGUUUGCUUGUAAUAAUAAUAAUAAUAAUAAUAAUAAUAAUAAUAAUAAUAAUAAUUUAUUUAUACCCAGCCCAUCUGGCUGGGCUUCCCCAGCCACUCUGGACAGCUUCCAACAAAAUAUUAAAAUACAGUAAAAGCUUCCCUAAACAGGGCUGCCUUCAGAUGUCUUCUAAAAGUCUGGUAGUUGUUUUUCUCUUUGACAUGUGGUGGGAGGGCAUUCCACAGGGUGGAUGCCACUACCGAGAAGGCCCUCUGCCUGGUUCCCUGUAAUUUGAAUUGUUUCACCACUGUUGUGUUUUUCAUUUUGUUUUUGCACUAUCAUUGUAGGUCAUUUUGUUAAGACAACUGGUUAAUGAAAAUGAUUAGUAGUAGUAGUAGUAGUAGUAAUAGUAGUAAUACCCUGAAUGGGAGAGAGCAGAGCAGAUAUGGCUUCAAGACUUAAGUUUGUGUCUAACUAACUAACUAACUGUCAGGGACUGGGCAGCGGAGGAAUGGUGGAGACCGCCUCCCCAUCCUGACCCUUCCAGGGGAAGAGGAAGAUAGUAUAGAUUUACAACAGUGGAUUGAGGGAGGUCACAGCUCAGAGUCAGAUGAAGGGGGAAGUUGGGAAAUCAUGAGAGAGCCAGGACAACACCUGGCUGAUACGUCAUUAGAAAGCAUUCCAGACCCUCCAUUUCCCAGAACCCGGUGAGCCUUAAAAGUAGGAGAGCAAAGAGCUCAAAGACAGAGGGCGCUUAGCUGCACCUGUAGAGCAGACGAUGAAUGAGGAAGUAGGAGAGACGGUGGUUGGAGAUUCACUCAGGCCACUAUCCAAGAGGCUGGGUUCUAUAGCCUCUCUCUGUAAAGAAUGAAAUAAAAAAGGACGGUAAGAAACUUUUCUUUGUCUUUAUAACCAGCCAGGAGUAGCUGACAGCAACCUGACACUAACUAACUAACUAACUAACUAACUAACUAACUAACUAACUAACUAACUAACUAACUAUAUAUCCCCACAAUUUCACAUAAAAUUCCAAUAUAUGACAUUUUUUUCUUUAUUUUUAUUGGCUUCCCAUCCCAUUUUCCAUGGUGUUUAUAUAUAUCUCUCUCAUUGCUGCACCCUAUCUUCACUCUUUUAUAUCAUAACCAUAAUACAAUAAUCUCUAAUUAUUUCUGUUGCUCAUAGUUCCAAUCCUGUUCACGAAUUCAUAUAAUAAUAUUUAUUUAAAUAAUCUGAAAAAGGCUUCCAUUCUUCCAUAAACAGCCGUCAUUAAGUUCUCUUAUUUUAGCCAUUACCUUUGCUGAUCCAGCAUAGUCCAUUCUGUCCAACUAACAUGUACCCAUUGAAAUUAACGAACCUCAGUUAGUUGUGUUCAUUUAUUUCAAUGGGUCUGUUCUGAGUAACAUUGGAGACAAGCCUUGGCAAUGCCUGGGCUGGCCUUCUUCCCUUGAGCUGCGACAAGAAACACACAUGUUUUUCUGCUUCUCUUUCAGGGAGGGCAUCAAGGAGCACAGGCAUACAGGGACCCAAAGGUGACCCAGGGCAGCCAGGCCCACCAGGCACGCCAGGUAACCAGGGCUACCGAGGCCCUGAUGGUCCCCCAGGCCCUCCUGGCGAAGAAGGAGACAAAGGCCAGAAGGGGCAAGUUGGCGACAGCACGAAGCAGCCCCGAGCCGCUUUCUCAGCCUCUCUGAAGAACCACAAGCCUAUUGGCAAUGUAGUGGUAUUUGACAAUGUCAUCACCAACCAGGACGAUGGUUACGACCUCCAGACGGGCAAAUUUACCUGCAAGGAUGCUGGGUACUACUACUUCUCCUUCCAGGUGAUUUCCAAUGGCAACCUGUGCCUUCGCCUCAUGCGCCAAGGCAACCAAGUAGCCACCUUCUGUGACAACAACAAGCAAGGCCUCCUGCAGGUCAACUCAGGAGGGAGUGUCCUGUACCUGGCUAAGGGUCAGAGUGUAUGGCUGGAGACCGACCCGCAGGAUGGGAACAACAUCAACGUCAGCAGCGAUGCAGACAGCGUGCUCAGUGGCUUCUUGCUUUUCCCGUCGGGCGCCUGAGGGACAGGGAGGAAGACAAGGCCACCCCUUCUUCCCCAAACCCACCUCCCUCUUGCUACAAAGCUACAACCACAAGGAUGCUUUUUUCAGAUCAAUGUAACUGCAUAUAUAGAUGUCUGCUUCCUGGGGGUUGGGGGAGAAAGCCACAGAGUUUGAAAUUUGAGGGGAAGCCGCCCAAUUCACACACACACAAACCUCAAUACAGAAACUCAGUUAGCCUCUGAAAUUCACACUCCAGCAGAUUUUGCUUUGCCAUUCCCUGAAAAGAAACUGUGCCCCACUUAGCAUCAUGGCAACUCUGCACACAAGUGAAAAUGAUGUAGAAAAUAGCAUUAUAAUGGGGAAACUUUGCUUGCAAAAAGGGGUACAUUUAGCAAAGUUGAACGUGAAAAGGUUUAUAUUAGGAGAACUGAACACCAUUGGUGGAAAUUAAUGGAAUUAAUGCAAACAACUGCAUUAUAUUAGGAUACAUGUGCUUGCAAAAAUGGGCAUAUCCGAAGGAAUGUACACCAAAAUGUGUACAAACCUUCAUGAGGAUUUUUUGAUGUUGAUUUUUUAAAGUUUGCAAUCUGUGGGGAAAGGGGGUGAAUGGAACUUACGUAUGGAAAAAUGAGAAAGUGAGGGGAAUUAAAACAGAUUUAUCCAUUGCUAGCCCGCUUCUGCAUUCAGAUACAUUGAGAUUCCCACCUUCCUUCCAUCAUGGCACCCAAAGUGGUCAAAGAGGUGGCUCCAAACAGGUCUCCCAACCCAACGCAACCCAACCCAACCCAUCCCAGCACUGACCAGACCCAGACCUGCUCAGCUUCAGCAAAGUGAUGACCUCAUGUGUUCCCAGACCACCCAGCCUGGGACAUUCAGUCUUGUUCCUACUUGGCAAUGAAUAAAUAUUCAGAAUUUUG